CGGAGCGCACGUAACCACCAGCAACAGCAACAACCGCAGCAGCCGCAGCAGCAGCUGGAUGAUUUGAAAGGUCUGGUGCUGCUGGGCAGUGAGCUGCCGGUGUUGGAGGCGCUGGCGGAGCGGUUCGGGCAGCCGCGCUUCCGGGGCCGGCAGCUGCAGGAGGCGGUGCUGCGGGGGGCGCGGAGCGUGGAGGAGAUCACCACGAUCCCCCAGUCCUGGCGCUCCCAGCUGGCUGCUGCCGGGGUGCGCACGGGCCGGUCGCUGCUGCACCACAGCGCGGGGGACCCGGACGGCACACGCAAGUUCCUGCUGCAGCUUCACGACGGCCGCAUCGUGGAGACGGUGGGCAUUCCCGCGGAGGGGCGCCUCACGGUGUGCGUGUCGUCGCAGGUUGGCUGCCCCAUGCGCUGUACCUUCUGCGCCACCGGCAAGGGCGGCUUCGCGCGCCACCUGGCCCCUCACGAGAUCGCGGACCAGGUGAUGAGCGUGCAGGAGGCGUACGGGCGCAGGGUCAGCAACGUGGUGUUCAUGGGUAUGGGCGAGCCGCUGCUGAACCUGCCCUCCGUGCUGUCCGCCUACCACCUGCUCAACCAGCAACUGGGAAUAGGGGGGCCAUUCAUCACCAUCUCCACAGUGGGUGUCCCCAACGCCAUCGCCCGCCUGGCUAAAGCCCCCUGCAAGGCCACGCUGGCGGUGUCGCUGCACGCGCCCAACCAGGAGCUGCGGGCCGCUAUCAUCCCCUCCGCGCGCGCAUACCCGCUGGAGGCGCUCAUGGCGGACUGCGCGGGAUUCUACAGGCGCACCGGCCGCCGCAUCACCUUCGAGUACACCCUGCUGGCUGGUGUCAACGACAGCGACUCACACGCCGCGGAGCUGGUGGCCCUGCUGCGCCGCUUCGAUCUGGCCUUGUCGCAUGUCAACAUCAUACCCUGGAACCCCGUGGACGACAGCCCCUACAGCCGCCCCAGUCGCAACCGCGUGUUUGCGUUCAAGCGGGCGGUGGAGGCGGGGGGGCUGGGCGUGACGGUGCGGGAGACGCGCGGGCUGGAGGCGGCGGCUGCGUGUGGGCAGCUGCGGAACAGUUUCCAGAAGCAGCCGCUGCCGGAGUUUGAGGUGCCACGAUGAUGAGGAGGGAGGGAAAGGAUAAGGAAAGUGAGGGGAGCUGUGUGUGGCGAGGGGGCUUUACCAUGGGUUGCUACGUUGGGUACGACCCAUCCCACCCCAUCCGGUG